AUGAGGGGCAAACCAAUAACUGAAACCGAAGGAAAGGGGAUCCUUCAGGAGUUAGCCCGCGCGGUGGAGGAAUCCCACGAUGAGCAUCCGUCGAUCCAAGAUCUUUUGGCAGAUCCUCAGCUGCUCGAUAAGUAUAUCCGCCAAGUUAAGAUAGACUGGCACACCAUCGCCGCGCGCCUCCGAAUGGACAAGGGGAAAGUCUACACCUGGUACUUUAACACAUGGUCAAAUAAAACUCUGGGACCGCGCAUGUCUGCCGAGGACAAGGAUAUUAUCAAGACUUCCAUCAGGAACGCCAUACAGAAUAACAUACCGAUAGAUAAAGAGUUCCGGAAGAGCAUCUACAAUAGGCUAAGCACAACCUACCACACGCUAGAGGUUUCCUGCCAUGUCACCAAUUAUCUCAACAGUAGAGAAGCCAAGUCCCUCAUGGAGGAAUGCAACUUUUACGUUGAAAAGUUGUCUAAGCACCGCGGGUCGUCGACAGCCAACUCGAUGACAGAUACCUCUCCUAAUCACUCGAGGACACCGGCCUCCUCUACAGCCUAUAGUGCUGUGCCGAGUGGCACCAUGUCUGACGCGUCGAGGUCAAAGAAGACAGACUAUGUGGGUUCCCCUUCGCUUCUUCACGGCCCAAAUAUCAGCGGACAGGGGAUCGUGCCUGGACCCUUGAACAUGGCGAUAGGCCCUUCGUCGACUUCCUUGCUGAACAUUGGCAACAUUGGCAAUCUUGGCAACCUUGGAAUCUCUCCCACACCAUUUCCAAACACUAUGCAACUGAUCCAGCCUGGUAUUCCGGCUCCCUUGAGUGUCGGUUUAGACAUGGCCGACCCUCUUCACCUCAAGCCUGAUGGUGACAAGUUUUCUCCGCACGACCCCACUCCCAUUGGCAUAGAUCACAAACAGUUUCUUUCCGACAAGGUUUCCUUGGGAUACUUUGCGCCCACAACUCUCACUGGCAGCGGUUGCGAUGCGGGGGUAGGGGACAGUGACGGAGACGGAGACGAAGAGAAGGAUGCUAACUAG